GUCAAAUCAACAAUGAAAACAAGAAUAACAUUACAAACUCUCUGGAUCAUUUGCACAACAAACACACUUGAUUCCAUUCACAGCAAUCAGUCAGUGUUGAAACGUCAUUUUAUCACUAAGCAAUAAUUCGUCGCAAAGACAAAUACAGUGCAAAAAAAGACACAGAGAAAAAAAGUGACUCAAAUGUGAAGAGAAGAAAAAAGAAAUGAUAAAGCAUUUGGUAUUGUGUUCGGAUUUAUGUGAAUGAUUAUUUUGUAAGUGGAAAUUUGAAUGAAAUUUUAUGAAAUGUGAGUGGAAAAUUGUGUAUGAUUUUUAGUUUUUAAGUAAAACAAGUGCCUAAUUGAACAAAACACACAUACGAAAGAAGAAGAAAAAAACAACAACAAAGACUUGACGAUGUACAAUUUUUUUUUGGUCGUGAAUUUAUUCGGUAGUUUCGAUUAGUAGAAAAAAAAUACAUGUUUGCACUGUGAAAAAAACUAUCUAACACAGGACCAAUACAUUGUUUGGUGUCACAUUAAGUGAAUAAAUGCAAUAAACUGGUGAGGUUUUCUAAGUGAAAAAUGUAGUAAGAGAAGAAGAAGAAAAAGAAAUAGGCGACCUCGACGGCGACAACGGCAACACGAAAGAAGAAAGAAAAAAUAGAACAAAUAUCACGAGAUAAAGAAACCAGCGAACGCGCAAAAUAAGCACACGUACAUAGAAAAAGUUUUUUUUUACUUCAAGCAAACACAUGUCAGUGAACGAUUUGGUGAUAGACGAAGCAGAAGCGACCGCAGCCGCAGCAAAUGUGUGCAAAAAUUAUUCCAUUUCAUUGUUGUUAUUUUAAUUUUGCCAUUUUUUGGGCGUUUGUGUCACCACCGUGUUUCUCUUAGAAAAAAUAAAACACCGAACAAUUCACGUAAUACCUUGAAUGUUUUGUGAAAUACCACAUUGACUGCCGUUCGAUUUAUGUACAUAUAUAUUAUGCUUCGUUUAUGUUGUUGUGGUCCGUUUUUUUUUCUUUUCGCUGCGAGACUUGCAUGAAAUCGCAAUGUAACAAGAAACGAUAAUCGUAAUAAUAAUAAUAAGCAACAAAAGGGAACAAGUAGCGAAUCAAGUGAAAAGAAAGCAAAAAAAAAUGUUGAAGAAUUUUUUAAUGAUGCAUGUUUUCUGAGUAUGUGGGCUAAAGUGCAAGUUUAAAUAUGAAAUGGUGGAAAUUUUGAAUGAACCCCAGCACACGGAAAAAAGUGAAAAAGGAAAUGCAAUUUUAUUUUAGCCCUAUUACGACGGUGCACACAAACAAUUUGCACGAAUCAAAAGUGUAUCAAUAAUUUUAGUUGGAAAGAGAGUGAGAGAAAAAAAAGUAGAAAAUGUUAGCUGAACUGCAAAUUGAGUGGAAAAGCCCAAUUUCGACUUAUGUAUUUCUACAUUGAAAAUUUAUUAUCCGCAUCUUAGUGUGUUUUGGUGGCGCCGUCAAAGAAAAUCGAAAUAGAAAGAACAGAAAACAUAGGAAUUUUGUCAACAAUAUGGGUGCAAAAGACUCAAAACCGUCGUGUAUAAGCUAUGAGGAUGCGAUAAAACGCGUUAAUGAAAAUGAGCUGCGACGCAUCAAAGAGGCAUUCAAACGAUCGGCUGGAUCGAAUGGCACAACACUCAGCAAAAAUGCAUUUCUACAAGAUGUUCUAUCCGAAGGUAUUCCAACUGUGUUAGCCGACUGGUUGUACAGCGCUUGCGGUGGCACACAAAAGGGUAUCGCAUUCAAAGAGCUUCUCUGCGGUCUGGUACUGCUAACACGCGGUUUAACCGAUGAAAAAAUCAAAUUUCUAUGGAAUGUUUAUUGUAAUGAUUCCGGAACACACAUUCACAAGCAAGAGUUUGCGAAAGCAUUGCAAAUUGAGGAAACGUAUCAACAGUCAGGGCCGGGCAAUGCCAAUAGACCAACAAUCACCGAACUACAAACCAAAUCACAAAGCGUUUUACUGUCACUAUUUGGCCAUUCCGAUCGUGUAAACUUUGAACAGUUCAAACAAUGGAUUAUCAAACAUGAACGUGCCACAGUGCUGUCGCGAUGGCUUCUGUUGGAGUCAUGCGUGAAUUUAAGCACAGAAUUGGAAACACCAACAUUCUACCAGAGUUUAGCCGGCGUUACUCAUCUGGAAGAACAGGAUAUUGGUGACUUGGAAAAAACAUUCUGGUCAUUAAAAGGAUUAGCUAAAACCGGGCAAUUGGAUUUGGAGUCAUUAGCACCAUUGAUAAGCCCACCGGUACCGUUGUCAGCGUUAAACGGUGUUUUUUCGGCCUUUGAUGAAAAUCGCGAUGGGCACAUAGAUUUUAAGGAAUUAUGCUGUGGCGUAAGCGCUGCAUGCCGUGGGCCAAAUGUAGAAAGAAGCAAAUUUUGCUUCAAAGUGUUCGAUAUUGAUCGAGACGGUGUGUUGAAUGUACAGGAAAUAUCCGAAAUGAUCAAUAUUUUAUUGUUUGUCGCCAAAGAAAGUUCGAAUUCCACACAAAUGAAGAAUAUGACGUAUGUUCAAGUGUUUGAAGAAUUACGCGAACGAGCCAAUGUUAACAAGACGCUAACAAAAGUAACGGAUGCCGUUGUUAUUAACAAUGCCGAUGCCAAAGAUUUUACAUUUUCAUUGGAAGAUUUUAUGAUGUGGAGUGUACAAAGUCCAUCAAACUUAUUGCAACCAUUUAUGGAUUUAUUAUUCGAUGUUUGCCAUGUUGUGCUCGGUCUGAGGCCGCAAUGCCGUCACCUGGAAAACAAUAUAGUAAAAGGAUGGUUGGCUCGUGAGGUUCGUCGUGGCUAUAAAGUGGGCCAAUUCUGGUAUUUGAUAUCAGCUGAUUGGUGGCAAAACUGGUCACAGUACACGCAAUCAAUAUCAUCAACAGUGCCAUGUGGAUAUUGUAAAUCCGCCUCAACAUAUUCAGCGAGUCGUCAUUCUAGCUCUGGAAUGGGCCGAAAUAGUUUGGAUGAAGCGGUUGUCUGUGACGAAAGCUUUACAUCGAACUCCACCGAGUCAAUGGGUGAUUUAUUAUUUACCGGUGAUUCAGCAAGCCUAGGUUCGGGAAGUAGUGGAAUUUCGGUUAGUGGCCGAAAUGGUGUUAUGCAUCCCGGUCCAAUUGAUAAUUCAAGCUUAGUCGAUCAACCCAUUUACAAGAAUAUUCGAACACUGACCGGUGAAGGAGGUCGAUUAAAACGAAACAACAUACUGUCCGAGCAUCGUGAAUAUGAAUUAGUGCCAGAUUCAUUGUGGAAAGCACUUUCACAGUGGUAUCGAUGUACGCUGCCGUUGCCGCGUCAAGUGAUUCAAGUGCAUCCAUCAAUGCCAGUUGAAUUGGAGCUGUAUCCAUUGAAUCUGCGCAUUUUAAAGCAUCAAUCAAAUCCACCAGUCGCUCAAACGGUUUCAUCAUGGGGUGCUGUAGCGGGCGGUUACGGGGCAGUUACAUCGGGUGGAAACUAUACUAGCAAUGCUGUGCCAUCAGUUCUUCAGCCGCCAAAACGCUAUUUAGCAAAUACAGCCGCUUUCAGUCGUUUGGCCACUGUGAAACAGGUCGGCGAAUUUCUGUGCCAACAUUUGAAGUUGAAAAUGGAGGAUGUACGCUUGUGGCAUGUUUUCAAUAUGGAAGAUAAUGCUUGCUUGUUGGAAGAUGAUUAUAUAACGCUACAAGACUUGGCAAUUCGUGAUAAUGAUCAAAUUCUCUUGGAAGUUCGAAGUAAAGACCUGACAUGGCCCGAAGAGCUGGGUUCAUUGACCAUGUCGCAAUCGCAACACGCGGCCCAUGAACGACGUGCCACAAUUAUUUCCGUUCAAUCGGUACAUGCACCCGGUGCAACUGGAUUACACAAUUUGGGUAAUACGUGUUUCAUGAAUUCAGCAUUACAAGUGCUAUUCAACACGCAACCAUUGGCCCAGUAUUUCCUGCAAAACAUGCACAUGUAUGAGUUGAACACAAUGAAUAAAUUGGGCACAAAAGGACAACUCGCACUGCGAUAUGCUGAAUUACUCAAAGAAGUGUGGACUGCAUCAACGCGUUCAGUGGCACCGUUGAAAUUGCGAUUCUGCAUGACAAAGCACGCUCCGCAGUUUGCUGGCGGCGGACAACAUGAUUCACAGGAACUCUUGGAAUGGAUGCUGGAUGGCUUGCACGAGGACUUGAAUCGUGUGAUGGAGAAACCAUACUCAGAGCUGAAAGAUUCCAAUGGUCGGGCCGACUGUGAGGUAGCAGCUGAAGCAUGGGCCCAACAUCAUGCACGAAAUCAAAGUAUUGUCAUCGAUUUAUUCUACGGCCAAUUGAAAUCAAAAGUUAGCUGCUUGACCUGUGGCCACGACUCGGUUCGUUUUGAUCCGUUCAGUUUGCUCAGUUUGCCGCUGCCCGUCGAGAAUUAUACGUAUUGUGAAGUUCUUGUGAUUCGACUCGAUGGAUCUGUGCCAAUCAAAUAUGGACUUCGUUUAAACUCCGAAUCCAAAUACGCCGAUUUCAAAGUGGAACUGUCCAAAUUGUGUCAAUUGGAUGCAAAGUUGAUGCUAGUGUGUGAGUUGUCGAAUUCACAGAUUCGUUGUUCACUAUCCGAUACGCAAAAGCUCAAAGUAACAACCGCAACCGAACUGUUUGUGUAUGAAAUACCAAAAGGUGAUUUCUGGAAGCCACGCGUCAACACCGAGCAAAUCUUGAACAUUGGCCAAGGACUCAAGGAUAUUCAACGAAAUCAAGCCCUUCAAUCACUGUCAACGGAUAAUCAAUUAACGCAUACAUCAAUUUCGUCGACCACAUCCGAUGACAUUCAAUUGAUUGCAUCGAAUGAUUUGAAUGCUCAAAAGAUGGCACCGUACGAUGCAAAUGCGGUUGCGGUGACCAGUCGAACAUCGAAGGUAAGCCGGUGCUUUGGAAACACUCUCUGCAUGCCACAGAAUCUGUUGUGCUUUAAGCAUAGUGGACACGCUGACUUAAGUACAAGCCCCGAUACGACAUUUACGCAUGCAACGUACUCAUGCCAUCGCAAAUUGAGUACGGUCACGAACCUACUGCCCGAAUUCAAUUCAGCUGGAAGUAGUUUGGAUGAAAUGAAUGGUGGCGGCGGCGGUCAUAGCCAUGGCCAUGGUGGCAUCAACAAUGCUGAAAGACCAGUUGAUGAAGCCGUUGAUAAUAAUGAGAAGGAUAUGAAGGCAACUAGAACUCAAGCAAAAUGUGAUAGUCAAAGUCAACGAGACACAAAAGCGUUGGCAACAAAACAGGAUUCAUUAGGUCAUACGGAGAAUAAUCGCAAUAAUAUAAAACUGAGUAAUGCGGAUAAUACGAAUAGAAAAGCGGGCGGCUUUUUAAUUGCUGUGCAUAGGAAAUUAAGUCGACAAGAUACGUAUUUCUUAUCGUAUCACAAGACUCGACCAAGUCUAUUUGGUGUACCAUUACUUAUCCCAUGCUAUGAAGACGGAUCGAAUAAAGAUCUGUAUUGUGCGGUUUGGGUACAAGUAGCCCGAUUGCUUAGCCCACUGCCGUCAACACCACCCGAUCAAGCUAACCAUGCUACGGAUUGUGAUGACAGUUUGGGCUAUGAAUUUCCCUUCAUACUGAGAGCCGUAAGCGAUGGCGGUCGAUUCUGUGCAUUGUGUCCAUGGUCGAAAUUCUGUCGUGGUUGUGAAAUUCAAUGCAACGAUCUACCGCUCUUUGAAGGAAUGUUUCCUUCAUCAAAUACUCCCUCGCCGAUGUUGGACAAAAAUCAAUUGGCGACACAAUACCACGUAAAACCGAAUCAUAUAUUUGGCGAUGGACUCAAUCCGGGAUCAAUACAAAUUGCAAUCGAUUGGGACCCAACUGCAUUACAUUUACGCUAUCAAAGCACACGAGAACGAAUUUGGACGGAGCAUGAAUCAGUGGAUAUUUGCAGGAAGCAGCAAACCGAACCAGUCGAUCUGGAUCAUUGUCUGCGAGCAUUUACGACGGAGGAGAAACUAGAAGAACACUAUCACUGCAGUCAUUGUAAGGGCAGACAGCCGGCAACGAAGAAGCUACAAAUCUGGAAAUUGCCGCCAAUUUUGAUUGUGCACUUGAAGCGAUUCAAUUUUGUCAACAACAAAUGGGUGAAAUCGCAGAAAGUGGUAAAUUUCCCGUUCAAGAAUUUCGAUCCAACGCCAUACCUAGCAUCAGUACCACAAGAGACUAUACUACGUCACAAGGAGCUUAUUGAACAUAGCCAUACCGGAUUAACAAAUGGAUUUUCAAACAGUAACAGCAAUAUCGAUGUCGAUAGUUCACUCAGUGAGAUGACACCGGAACACUCGAUCAUGUCGUACAGUAUUAAGGAGGUCGAUACACUCGAUGUUGAAAGUACUGCCGCCGAUUUGAAUAGCGAAACAAUCAACGAUAUCACCGCCAAACCGGAUGAAAUACAAAUUCUGAAUGAUGGUCGGGCCGAGACAAACGCAAGCAACACUAAAACGAACAAGCUCAACACUCAACCGGAUGUCAAAGUCGACCAAAGUCCGAGCACAAAAAUGUCAUCAACCACACAUUCGUCGAGGCGUUCCACAUCGAAUAAUGCCGCAAUCAAAAUGCGAAAACGUCUUGUAUCGACGAGCCUAACCAAGUCACCAGUCAUUGAUGGUGCUUUCGUGGACUAUCAUCAGCAUAAUCUAGACAACGGCCAAGAUCCAUUCGAUUUGAAGUAUAAACUCUAUGCAGUUGUGUCACAUUCCGGAAUGCUUAAUGGUGGUCAUUACAUUUCAUACGCUUCAAAUCCAAAUAACUCAUGGUAUUGUUACAAUGACAGUUCGUGUCGUGAAAUAUCACAGCAACAGCCAAAUAUUGAUCCUAGUUCCGCCUAUUUACUAUUUUAUGAGCGUCAAGGAUUGAAUUAUUCGCCGUAUUUGCCAAACGUUGACGAUAAAAUGGUACCAAUCAAUAGUGCCCUUGAAUUCGAUGACAGCGAUAAUGAUUUACGAAAAAUGUGCGUCAUAUCGUAAAGGAUUGUAGUUUGGAUUUCGUUCACUUUUUUCAUUUCCAACCGAUUUUUCUUUUGUAUUUUUUGCGCGAUGCGAAUGAACCAUUUGCCUUAGCCGGGCUCAGACCAAGUGACAUCAAACAAGCUAUUUUCUGUUUGCCAUGAAUUAUUGUAAAUUCUCAAUAUUUAUGAACCGAAUUCAAAAUACUUCGAACAAAAAGAAACAAUCUUAACCGAAAAAACAUUUAUUCGAAUCGUAAGGAAAUAAUUCGAAACAGAAAAAAGAAACCGUUUUUUUUCCGCUUAAUUUUUCACCCCAAAAAAUCUCAUUUUGAGGCGAUGAUGAACAAUUUUAUUGAAGAAGAAGAAGAAAAACAACUCACACGUAACGUUCAAAAACAAAAUACUUCUUGUUUAUUAUAAAAAGUAAAUUUACAAAUAAAAAGAACUAUUGUUUCACUGAAAAA